AGGCGUUUGGCGGGAAAGCGCAACCGUCCCGUAAACAGCGUGAAGAAGAAGCUUCUGGUCGCUCCCCCAAUGGUAAAAACCUAACCAUCAAACCCACUUCUCCAUCGCCUCCGAUUCUCUCUGGCGACGCUGCCUCCAGUUUUCCGACCACUAUUCCUUCUGUCUCCGCCGCACGCUUCAUUGUUAUGACGGUUCUCAGGUCUCGUAAAGUUGUCCCUCCGCCGCCUAAUUCCAAAUCCCUAAAAUCCCCUUCCAACACUCUCCACCAGCCCUCUACACCCUCUCAACAUCACGAAAUUCAACCCCCUCACUCUCCUUCCCAUCCUUCCCCUUUUUCAUCUACCGGUUCUGUUAUUGAUUCCACUGCGUUGCCCUCCGAUGGCGCCUCCGGUUCCGGAGUUUAUCGUAGGCGGAGUUCCCGACUCGCUGGGAAAGGGCUUGACGCUGAGCAUUCUGAUGUUGACUGCGUUCUUGGUAACUCCCCCCGAACGGAGAUGAAAGAGGAGACGAUUGGUAAUCGGGAUUUGGGCCUGGCCUCGGAUGGGAAGUUGGAGGUUCAUUCAGUUCGUACUGAACAUGAGGGUUUGAAGGUUAAUGAAGAGGCCGAUGGCUUAAGUGAACUUAGGCGGAGUAUUGAUUUUGAAUGUACAGGAUCGAAGAGCGACGAGGUUAAUGUAAAUGGGAAGAGAAAAUUGAACCCCACUAUGGAUUCACCUGCUGGGGAUAUGGUUGAUGGAAGUUCUGAGAGUAAAGAGUGUCUUAGUUUACGUUCGGGGAAGAGAGUUUUGAAGACGUUGAAACAAGCGAUCGGUGUGGACAUUACUACACCCCAUAACGUUGAUGGGUUAGUAGAAGAGAGGAGGGGUUUAAAGGAUAGUGAUAAAGAUGGAAUUGAUCUGAAUGGAAUUAGAGGAAUUGUGAUGAAAGAGCUAAAGGAGGAGUGCAUAAGAAUUGAUGAGAAUGAUUGUACCAAGAGUAGGAAUAGAUUCAGCCGAAGAGAAAAGGGCAAAUGGAUUGUUGAUGGCCAAAGUUCAAAUGGAAAUCAUACGGUUGUAUUACAUUUUGAGCCAAACGAUGAGGUGUUAAGUGAUAAUCUAAUUGAUGAUCAGGAUUAUGGGUUGGUUCAUGAAAGACCGAAGGGAAUAGUAAUUGAUGAAGGUACAACAAAGUUGACUGGUGCAAGUUGCAGUGAUGGAGGGGAUAUGGAUGCUAAUGGCUAUUCUGCCAAUCAAGGAGAUGCUCUAGAACAUAAUGGUGUAGGGAAAUUGAUUGUAGAAGCUCUUUUGUCUCUAUCCGAAAAAUUUAUAAUCGAUUCAGAAUUGAGAUAUACGUACUGUUCUACAGAAGGUCAGGUUUCAGGCACUGCACAUAUGGCAGAUGAUGGCCCUCAUAGCAAUGAGGGUCAAGAGAUGGAGUCUAGUUCGGAAGAGGAAGUUCGAUAUGAUAUUCCUGCUGCACAAAGGGUGUGGAUGUCAGAUGAUUCGUUCAUAAGAAGAACUGCUGCUGAGUUUGCUCGAUGUAAAGAGGGCGGUGAUAAUUUGCAGAAUGUUCAGGCUGAAGGUGAAGAAGAUAUUAAAGAUUGGCCUGGGCCCUUCUCUACUGCAAUGAAGAUUGCUAGUGACCGAGCUUCAGGUCGAAGAGUACGAGUUUCAAAAUCUUUAGACAAGGAGAAUGAUCCUGCACCAGUUGAAUGGACCCCUAGAAAGAAUAAGUCUAGUAAACGCUCCCAGUCUUUGCCUCCAUCCUUGAGAGAUUUGUGCUUACGGGUUCUUGCUGAAAAUGCCGAUGCAAUUUCUUCACUGGAAUUUGUCCCAGAUGCUUUCAGACACCAGCUUAGUCGACUACUUUGUGAUUCUCGAAAAAUGAACAGUCAUGUUCUGAAUCUUCUUCUCUGUGGUUCCCCAACUGAAGUUUGUAUAGGGGAGUGCUCUUGGCUGAGUGAAGAGGAGUUUGUGAAAUCUUUUCAAGGGUGUGACACUAGCAAAUUAAUGAUACUCGAGCUUAACCAAUGUGGACGUAGUAUUUUAGAUUUUGUCGUAUUAUCUACAUUGGCUCGGUCAUCAAAUAGCUUACCUGCCCUGAAGUCAUUGUCCCUAACUGGUGCAUGUCGUCUUUCUGACAUUGGUAUCGCUGCACUUGUAUGUUCUGCUCCUGUAUUGCAAUCCUUAAAUCUGAGCCAGUGCUCCUUCCUCACCUCCUCAAGUAUAGACUCUAUUGCCAAUUCUCUGGGAUCAACUCUGAGGGAACUGUAUCUGGAUGAUUGCCUAAAAAUCAAUCCAAUGCUAAUGAUUUCUGCAAUGAAGAAGCUUCAACAUUUGGAAGUGCUCUCAUUAGCUGGAAUUGGAGAUGUUUGUGACGAGUUCAUCCAAGAAUUCCUCCCAGCUGGGGGCCAUAAUCUGAAGGAACUCAUUUUAACCAAUUGUGUGAAAUUGACGAAUAAAUCCAUAAAAGCCAUCUCGGAAACUUGCUCUUCUCUACGGGCUAUCGACCUUGUGAAUCUGUCAAAGCUGACGGAUUAUGCUUUAUGCUGUCUUGCAAGUGGUUGCAAGGGUCUUCAAAAGUUAAAGCUUUGCCGAAAUCUAUUCAGUGAUGAAGCUGUUGCUGCAUUUGUGGAGAUAUCAAGAGAGAAUUUAAAAGAACUUUCACUGAACAAUGUCAGGAGGGUUAGCCGCUGCACAGCAAUUUCGCUCGCCUGUUUUUCUAGGAAUUUGGUUAUUCUCGACGUAUCUUGGUGUCGAAAACUUACCAAUGAAGCUCUAGGCUUGAUUGUUGAUAACUGCCCAUCUCUAAGAGUGCUCAAACUCUUUGGAUGUUCUCAGGUAACAGACGUAUUUCUGGACGGACACUCGAAUCGAGAGGUAGAGAUCAUUGGACUGAAGCUGUCUCCAGUUUGGCAGCACGUCGAGCCUCACAAACGUUACCAAGGUUCAAGUUAAUAUUCAUCUGUGCCAUCCUCGUGUUAAUUUCGAUGAAUCGGUUUUAGCUAGAAUCAUUUUGCUGCUCUCCAUGCCAAAAUCUGAUAGUCAUCAUCUGCGUGAGCUUCUUUUUGUUCAAAACCUCAGUAGCUUCCUACUAAAUGCUUGUGUAGGAACUGUAUAUGUCUCUUUUUUCUUUUUGUAGAAACUUUGUAUACAGGCAUUACACAAGAAUGGUAGAACAUUACUCCAUACUUUUACUUUUACACAAC